AUGGCCCCCGAUGCUACAAGCGAUUGCUCAGAAUUUUGCAAUCAGGGUGGUAACACCACGCACCCUUACCCCGAAGAAGCAUCGGGAGACGGCGAGAAUGGUACCGACUCUCUGAUUAGCUUGGUUAUAACUUUACCUGACCCUGAAGCCAAAAAGCUGCAAAUAAUGGUGUCUUCUCAGGAGCAAAUCCAUGAAGUUCGCCAGUCAAUUAUCGACCUCCCCGCGGCAUUUCGGUUUACCUGCUUUCACCUCGAGUAUCGGAGGCAAAAAAUUAAUGAUUUCAUCUCAAUCGCCGAUAUUCCCGACCUAGACCCCGAACCAGAGUUCCUGCUAGUAGAAGACCCAUACACAGAAAAGGAAGCUCGUAUUCACCUUGUGAGAAUUCGCGAGCUUAUUGGGGCUGCCGGAGAUCGUGCGGAAACAUGUCAAGGUGUACUUCCCGGCCUGUCGCUGUUUGAAAGUGUCUCUCGGCAAGCUCACACUUGCCAAGACGCCCCUCUGGAGUCAGCAUCCCCAUUGAAGGACUACGACUUUCAAUCGGAGCCUUCGCUUUGGAAUCUCCUUCCAGACGCAUUGCCGCCCCCCCCCAAGACCGUCAAAUCAGUCGGUCUGUCAUCAUGGAAUCCACCGCCCUGCCACUUGAGACAGCGUGGCCACCUUCUCUACGUCCUCGUAAUUACGAAUGAAGGGGAGCAGUUUCAAAUCACCUCCCACGUGUCUGGCUUCUUUGUGAACAGGUCUUCGAACACCAAGUUUGACCCAUUCCCUCGACCUGCCGCAAAAGGGCUCUCAGCUCAUUCCCUGCUCGAGCUUAUGUCGCUCAUCUCGCCUUCCUUUGAGGAAUCCUUCCACCAGCUACAAGAGUACAACAAUUCGAGAGAUCCUCUUUCGACUUUUCAAAUAACCAACGCAAUUCCAUCAGCCCCAUGGACAGUGCCAUCUCCGUCUUCAAGUUUGUGUGCUCACGUUCCUGAUCCUACUCGUCCUCAGGAGACCUAUCUAUUCGCUGGUAUUGAGAAUACCGACACCUUGCGGGAUUGGAAUGAGGAACUUCAGUCAGCAAAGGAGCUUCCCAAAGACACUGUGCAGGAUAGAGUGUUCCGCGAAAGAUUGAUCUCCAAGCUCUUCGCUGAUUACAAUGAUGCAGCAACCAAGGGCGCCGUGAUGGUCGCCCGGGGAGAGAUAGCACCGUUAAAUCCUACUGAGUGUAGAGACGCCCAAAUAUUCGUGUAUAACAACAUUUUCUUUUCUUUUGGUGCGGAUGGCGUGGGGACAUUUACUUCUGAAGGCGGUGACGAAGCUGCCAGGGUAGCGACUGGCAAAGAUGUUGCUGGUGUAAGGCUUGUCAAUCAACUCGACAUUGACGGUUUGUUCGCACCCGCCACCGUCGUCGUCGACUAUCUUGGAAAGCGAAUUGUCGGUCAGAGCAUAGUUCCUGGCAUCUUCAAGCAGCGUGAACCAGGACAGAAUCAAAUUGACUAUGGUGCGGUCGAUGGCAAGGACAUCGUAACAGCAGAUGAGCGCUUCGUCUCAACGUUUGCCCAGCUAUCGAAGGCGCUCAAGGUGAAGAAGCAUCCCGUUUGGGAUAAAGACGGAAAGAGAUUCAACUUGGAAGCCAGUAUUGAAACAAAGGGAUUGAUGGGAACUGAUGGACGAAAAUAUGUUCUAGAUCUCUACCGGAUUACUCCAUACGACAUCUAUUGGCUCGAGCUAACAAAGUCUGCAAACGGAAAUGAAGGUUACCCGCAUAGAAUGACGGUACUGCGGCCCGAGUUAGUCGAUUCGUUCGCUCGGUACAAGUUGAAGCAAUGGGUCGAUAAGGAGUUGUCCUGCCGCAGCCGCGCACAAUCAAAGUCAGACCAGCCUGCACAUGAUGAUGAAACAAAGAGGGCCUCAAACGAAACCCUGGACACCUCACUUGAUCUCUCUGGUUUCAGCUUCUCUCUGAAUCCUGAUGCGUUCAGCGGCCAAACACCCCAGAAUGCCGAGGAGAAGAAGGAGCUGCAGGAGGAUGAGGAAGAGGUUCGAAACGCAGGGAAGUACCUGCGACAACAGGUCAUUCCCCAGCUUCUCCGUGAACUCUCUAGUUCUGAGAUCAGUUUCCCUAUGGAUGGUCAGUCGUUGAGUCGCUUGCUGCACAAAAGAGGUAUCAACAUGCGCUACUUGGGCGUCGUAGCUUCUAGUUCUACAGAAAGUAGACUCCGCUGCCUCAAAGACAUCUGCAUCUUGGACAUGAUAGCACGCGCUUUCAAGCAUGUCGCAUCAUCCUACCUGCGAACCCUGCCGGUUCCAUUAACCUCCGCUUGCCUUUCCCACCUCCUGAACUGCCUGCUUGGUUAUGACUUGAAUUCUACACCUGUAGUUGACAUUGACCCAUCACUGCGCUUGAUGUACUCCGACAGUGACCUUUCUUUUGAGUCAGCCACUCCUGGCAGUCUCCGCAUGGUUGUUGAGGAGCAAGUCUUGAUGCGCUUCAGAUAUAAUUUGGCGCCGAACUGGUUCCAGAUUGUUGGCAAAGUGCAGCUCCUCCGAGAAAUUAGCUUGAAACUCGGCAUACAGGUCCAAGCCAAGGACUACCAUUUUGAGCCGAACAAGAGUAUGCAUAAUGAAAGAAUCAGUCAGUCUCUGCCGAAAAUCGCUGGUGUUCAGCAGGAUGGAGAGUCAAAAGACAAGAAGAAGAAGAAGAAGGCCCGCGAAAGCUCUCCUAUUUCCUCCACGUCCUUUGAAGAGAAUCUUACAUUCACAGCUGAUGACGUGGUCGACGUUGUGCCGGUUGUAAAACACUCUGCACCACGCAGUGCCUUGGCAGAGGAGGCUCUUGAGGCCGGUCGCCUGUCAAUUAUUCAAAAGCAGAUAAAGCUUGGGCAGGAGCUCCUUCUUGAGUCGCUUUCUCUUCAUGAACAAAUUUAUGGCAUUUUACAUCCUGAAGUCGCGAGGGUGUACAACAGCUUAUCGAUGUUGUAUUAUCAACUUGAUGACAAAGACGCGGCUGUUGAGUUGGCCAGGAAGGCCAUUGUAGUUGCUGAAAGAACUGUUGGUGUUGAUUCCGCCGAAACCCUUCUGAACUAUCUCAACUUAAGUCUGUUCUUACACCAAACUGGGCAGAGUAGAGCGGCACUGGUAUACUCCAAACAUGCAUUGAUGCUCUGGAAGAUCAUUUACGGGCCAGGACAUCCUGACUCCAUUACUACCCUCAACAACGCGGCUGUCAUGCUGCAACAUCUCAAGCAAUACCACGAGUCAAGACUUUGGUUCGAGGAAUCGCUCAACGUAUGCGAGUCAGCUUUCGGUAAACAAUCCAUCAAUUCUGCAACCUUGUUGUUCCAGCUUGCACAAGCCCUCGCACUGGACCAUGACUCAAAGGGGGCCGUCAAUAAAAUGCGUGAAUCAUACAACAUCUUCCUCAACGAACUUGGACCGGAUGACAAGAACACCAAGGAAGCUGAGGGUUGGCUGGAGCAGUUAACUCAGAACGCUGUUUCCAUUGCAAAGCACGCAAAAGAUAUGCAAACACGUCGUAUUCGGUCAGGCAUUCGUUUUCCUGCAACUGCCACUCCUGCACAACAGCAGACUGUGCCGCAUCCUGAGCGAAUUGCGCCCCCAUCACAUGUUGACUCGCGAAGCAUCGAUGAGUUGCUUAAGUUCAUUGAAGGUGGCGACCAUAAGUCAAACACUGUGAAGAAACGACCUGGGCGAGGAAAUCCAAAACGCAGAGGUCAAGCAACAGUUGCAUAA